AUGAAUGCAGAAGAAGAACAACCUGCUCAUCAUGGAUCAUAUGCUCCAUCGCCGCGGGCAUGCAACUUUCUACCGCACUCUUAUAGGGACGACGACAGGGCCAUUGACAGCGAGGAUGAGACGAUAGAGUAUUGUAAACGCUCUAGUGAGGAUAGCGACACAGACCGGAGCAUCCUGAAUGGCUCAAGCAGUACUCCAAGGCCUACCACGAGCGAUUUCGAUAUCACCGAGAAUCUCAUACUUGGAUUUACGACAAGCGCGUUCAUCCUGUCAACCACCGAUACUCAAAUCCUCAGAAAGAUGGAACCAGUCACUACUUCGAAACCCAUCAUACGUGAUAGUCAGAUACCCGAGUCCACGGAUAAUGCGACUAUGCCGUUGAAACCUGAAGCUGUAUCUAGGCAGAUAACUACAGAGCAUAUCAUGAGUGCCAUCGAAGAUAUUCCAGUGAAAGCGUCUUCACUGUUGACCACUGAUAUUCCGAUGAGGAGAGCUAACUCAGCCGGCUCUCUACCAGGACAAAUGAUGGACAACCGCGAUACUUCCAAGACAAAUGCAUCUUUUGAGAACUCAGCUUAUCCUUUGCAGGGAUCAGGUCGUCCUUCUGAGGGGUCAGAAUGUCAUUUGGAGGAGUCAGGAUGCCCAAAACAUGAACCAUUUCAAAACAUGGUUAUAGAUCAUCUUCAACUCUCCCAAGUUCUAUUCAAGGCGGGUGCUCUGAUGUACCUGCUCUUCCUAAUCAGAGUGCUCCAAAAGAUUUAUGCAAUGUUUCGGAGCCAACCCCUCACUGUUUCUGCUGGAAAUUUGACUCUCAGUGUUUUAUUGUUUCUUCUCAUCCAAUACCAUCCCUCAAAGCAAGCCCAACUCAGAGUGGUUCAGAAGUUUGAAAUUCCUCAAGUCGCAGUGGAUUCUAUCGUCUUCGUAGGGUCCUUUACAUGCGUGUCAUUUGUUUUGCAAGUGAUUCUCAUUGUCGGAGAGUUAUGUGUAAAGUUCAUGUCAAAUGAAGAUGAGCAUUAUGCUACUUUAUAG